UGAGCAUUGCAACAACAACGGUCGACCAUUGUAGUGCGAUACAUCUUCGAUUUGCAACAACGAUGACAGAGUUUUUCAGCGGCCUGGCCGGCCUUUGCAGCGUUACACGUCCUGUCUUAAUAGUAUGGACAGUUGCCUGUUGCAGCAUGACGCAUCGGGCUUUGCAACAAUGUUGUCCGACCCUUGCAGCCUUGCCUAUCAGGGCUUUGCGGUAGCAGUGUCCGGCCCUUACAACUUUCCUCGCAUGACUUGCAGCGGGAACGACCACCCCUUGCAACAUGGCAAUCUGUCGGAUCACAUGAUGACAACAGUGUGUCUCGUGCUCAACACAAACCACGACCCUCCCACCUAUGCUUCCCCCUCGUAGCACAUACGUUCAUGACGAACAUGGCUUGCCACACCAAUGCCGCUCCAGUAGAAUCGACUUGCAGUACCGACAUCGCUCCCUUAGUAUGGCUCACAACACCAAUCUAUAGCAUGCCUUGUAGCACAACAAAGCUCCCAUCACAACAUCGCCCCGUUGUAUCGACGGUGCUCCCGUAGCAUGGCUCGCAACACCGGCUCUUAGCAGGCAACAUUACGCAACAGCGCUCCACCGCAACAUGACACCACCCAUCGCAACAUCGCCUCGCCGUUCAGCGGCUCUCCCGUAGCAUGGCUUGCAACACCAGCUUGUAGCAUGCCUUGUAGCACAACAGCGCUCCCCGCAGCAUGACACCACCUAUCGCAACAUCGCCUCGUUGUAUCAACGAGGCUCCCGUCGCAUGGCUCGCAACAACGGCUACAUUACAUAACAGUGCUUCGCCGCAGCAUGCCACCACCCAUUGCAACAUCGCCUCGUCGUAUCAGCGGCGCUUCCGUAGCAUGGCUCGCAACACCGGCUUGUAGCAUGCCUCAUGGCACAACAACGCUCCCCCACAACAUGACAUUACUCAUGCAACAUCGCCUCGCCGUACCGACGGUGGUCCCAUAGCUUGGCUCGCAACACCUACAUGUAGCACGCCAUCACUACCAAGAGCACGGGCCAUCUGUCGCAACAUUGCCUAGCCGCACUGCGUCACUCCACGCGGCAUGACGACGCCCCUUGUCGUGGUUUUGUCACGACAGAUGCCCUUGUGAAAGGACUUAGAUGUGGAGCCAUCACAACAUAGGUUAACUUGUAGGGGUUGAUCGGGACAAAGGACACAUGGUUUACCCAGGUUUGGCCCCUCACAACGAUGUAAAAGCCUACUCCUGCUUUUGUUUACUAUUGCUUGAAUAUCGAUUACAAGGGAGCGGAAUCGCUUGACCUAGCUAUCGAUUAAUUGUUUCUUGAGUUAACCCGCCGCAGGGUCUCGCCUUUAUAUACACAGGUCGAGGCCCUGGGCUUUACAAGAGUCCAAGUCGAAUCACACAACGUGACCAACUCGGUUUCCAAGUCGCCUUGCCUUACCAGGCAAGUCACCAUCGGGCGGCUCACACCUCCGGGUCUUGGGCCUUCAACAGGCCCGCCUCUUAAGCCGCCUCUAGUCUUCAUGUCUUCUCAGGCCCAUCUAAGCCUUUUAUUCUUGAGUCGCCAACAGUGUAACCCGGCCCCUCCUGGGCGGGUCACACGGCGGGAUUAUAUCCCCAACAUUAGGCCCCAGAUUGAUUUGAACUUGUUCAUGUGAAUCUUCACUUUCUGGUUGGCGAGUCUUCUUUCCAAUGCUUACCUUUGAACAAAUCGCUGUAACUCGCCGUGACGUCAUGCGAGAUAAAUCCAGAAAAAACCUAUGACAUCACAACGGACCUUUUUACAGUAAUUGGUCGUCCGAGAAUUGAGGCGCCUCCAGUGUUAAGAUAAUUAUGACGUCUCCUCGAUUUCCGCGCCUACCAUUUCACGGUUUCACUUUUUCCCUUAUAAAUAGGCACGGAGGGGUUCCUUUUUCACUUUUACCCCCUUUCGCUUCCACUUCUUCUUCCUCCUCGCGACCUCCGCCGCUCAAGAGCUCCACUGCUCCGGCCGUUCUUCACCAGCGACUCCGACAAAGGCCGCUGCAUCAACCUGACCGGACCAGAUACCGGCGGCGCACCCCCGCUCUUCUUCAACUUCAUCAGAUACUCCUUCUUUUCCGCUUCAGAUCCGCAUUAGGUCAUAGCCGUUCAUAUAGUUCACCGGCCUGUUCAUCGCGGUUCUCUCGAGUUCAUCCACCUUCCGCUUAGAAAAUGUAGUUCAAUCCAAAAACGAAGUAGAUGCGGGGCGGUAGCAGUUUUUAGUCCUUAUCUUGCAUCUCGUGUAGAUCCCUUUUCUUCAGAAUCCAUGCACGGCUUACCACUUUUUCUACUGCUGCACCUUAGGUUUCUGAAUUGUUCUUCAUUUCUCGAACUGCCGUAGAUCCAAAAUUUUAGGCACAAUUCGUGAAACUUGUUUGUUCCAUACUUAGCGUAAUUUCAACCAUCUUGUCUUCAUAGACAACUGACCCGCCAUUCUUUGUUCGGGCGGCUUAAAUAACAACUUUGUGACCCGCCAAGAAAUCCAAAGUUUUGUAUAACCCAUCGACAAUGUUUGCCGGCUUAUAUUUUCUCAACUUAACCCGCCAUGUACUUAUAAUCUGGUAAAUUGCUCCGUUCCAUGGCUAGGGCGGCUCACAAAUCCUUCAUUAGCCCAUAAUGCAUAGCCUUUUAACUAUGUUUAGAUCAUCGUUGUUGAAUUGUUGUAUGAUCGUUCAGGCGGUUUAUCAUCAUACAUUAAUCUGCCAUACUUUUAUCCUCAGACCAUAAUUUUUAACUCACCAUCAUGACUAAGACUCCCACCUCCUGUGACUUGAUUGCCUCCAAAGUCACGGAGAGCACACUCAAUGAUUUCGUGACCAUGGGGUUUUUACCUCCCCAAGAGGUCAUUCACUGGCGGGUUCCAGGCUCCGAAUGCCCCCCCGAGCCCCAAGAAGGGGAGGUUUUAGUUUUUACAGAUCAUCUUCUCCGUGGUUUCUCGCCCCCCGGGUCAAAAAAAUUCCGGGAUGUUUUGCAUUUCUACAACCUUCAUCCACAAGACAUUGGCCUCAAUUCUGUCUCCAAUAUAUGCAACUUCCAAGUGUUGUGCGAGGUGUAUCUUGGGGAAGAACCCUCUGUUGAUCUGUUUAGAGACUACUUUUAUAUCAACCGUCAAACUGAAAUGUUAGACGGGCGGGACCAGUCUUGAGCUCGGAUGCGUUUCCAUCCAAAGGCGAAGAGAUGUAGUUUUUUCCUUCAGCCACCCUGCCCAGUCACCCAAAGACUGGAAUUUCACCUAGUUCAACUGCAAAGACACCUCCCCAUCUGGAGAGAACCCCUUGCCAGGUUUCCGCCCCUACCGGCUUACCACCACCGGCCAGCUUCCAGGUCGUUUAACUGCCACGGAACGCGCUCCCUUUGCUGCCACCUUUUCAAAGAUAAGGGCCUUGCUCUCCAAUGGCCUAACUGGAGUUGACCCGGUCUGCUGCUGGGUCGCCUGGAGGAUUUUGCCAUUGAGCCAGCGCGACGGCUUAAUGUGUCAUUAUACUGGUGACCCAAAAGACCCACAAUGCUACAACCCAGCUCGUCUGACUGAUAAAGAGAUCAAUGAGAUGGUCAAGACGCUGCUCGGCGAGUCCCUGGAAAGCUGCAGCAAAGUGGGAUUAAAUCCUUUCAGCACACUUAACCUGGCUCCUCCUCUAAGUCAUUAGAUCAAACUUCAUGUUUUCAUCAAUUUUUGUAACUUUCUCCUUAUUUCAAUUUUCUGUUGCUCAUUUGUAUACAUGCCGACUCUCCAUUCCGGAGAAGGAAACUUCAAGCCGCCGCCCCAGUUAAGAAGACCAAAACAAAAACUCGUGGUCCAGGUCGCCCCAAGAAACCAUUAGCUGAAGAAAUGCUCCAACUUGAUGAUGAGUCGGAGGAAGAGGCAGAGACCAGCCAUGCAGACGCAGCAGAGUAUAAUUUCCUCCGGCUCAGAACCCUUACCAACCAACAAAAUUCGAUGGGUCGUCCGGAAGGUGAAUUUUUGUCAUCCUCUUGCUCACUUGGAUCCCAACUUUCUUUUGAAGAAACAACAAAACGAUUCAAGACGCCCGACCCGGAGUAGCGGCUUUCACGACCUCAUCUCCGGCUUGCCUAACCCGCCUGUUCCUUGCAAGCGUCGACAUAAGGUUCCACAUAACCCAAAUUCUCUUUAUCCAUUAGCCGGCCUCAUACGUCAACCUCUUAAUCCUUCCAACUCAAAUUAUCAGAAGACGCCUCCGUCAUCCGGCGACUCUUCCGGGACUCAGAUGGCCACUUUCAAGAUCGCCCAAGGGUUAGUAUUUUCAUUUGUUUAUCAAUGACUUGUAAUGAUACACUCAUAUACUUUGUAUCUUUGUUGCAGAGGUAUUGCCAAAGCAGGCAAGAAACAGAAGCUGGGCGGGUCUUCAAAGGAUCCCAAAACUGCUGAACCAGAGAAGCAGUCUGCAGAUAUUUCUGAGGCCCUCACCCAAGACCCGGCAAAACCUAUUAAUGACCCGCCACUGUCAAUCGAUGCCACCGUCCCUGAGGAAAUGGAUACUGAAUUUGAAAUGGAUACUGAAUUUAACCCGGCGGCCAGCCAUGACCCGCCGAGCCCCAAGUCGUCGACUCCUCCAAAGCCAGCUAAAGCGAUCCCUCUUGAAAAGGACUCUAAUGACGUGACCAUCACUGGGACGACUCAUACAGCUCCAGGGGCUUCCAAUGUGCUAGCUAAGCAUGGUACCAAAGAAGAAUCUCCUUCCUUGGACAAAGGCAAGGGGAAGCUGGACCUGGAAAGCUACACUGCCCUCAGUGCAAGCGACAUCCACGCAGGCUAUCUGAACCGCCUUCAUACUAGUCGUGACCUGGAAGCCGGCUUAGUGAACCUUAUGAAGGAACGCUAUGAGGUAGAAUUGAACAUGAAGGAAUCGCAAGUUGGCGAUUUAAGAAAAAGUUUAAAGCUGCAGCAGACAGAAACCUCCAAGGCCAAGUCCGAGCUGAAGGCCUCAUUAGAAGAAAUUGAGAAAGUUAAAGCAGGUUUUGACAUUGAGAGAGCCGCCUAGGAGACUGACAAGGCUGCUCUAGCAAAAAAGGCCGAAGAUGUUGAAGCUGCGCUUAAGCCAGUAAUCGAAGAGUUAUCCGGCUUAAAACAACACAUCUCUCAAAUGACAACUGCCAUCUUCGGAGUGCAAGUCUUGGUCAAGACAUGUUAUUGAAGCUGAAGGCGGUUUACUCUUUAACAGAGCAGUUAUACUCUGGCACUCUCUGCGGUCUUGUGGACGGAGCCAUCGUGGCUCUUGGCCGGGCCAAAGCAUGGCAAUCUGAGCUUGGCCCAGAGGAAAUAGCCACCGGGUGCCCGAAAUUCAAGGAUGACCAGUCAACCUUUGAAGAAAAAGGCUUCAAUCAAUGCGUCCGAGAGAUGCGGCACGUGGCUUGCAAGCUCAUUGAAGAGCUAAACUUAAACGAGUACAUGCGGGCUUAUGACAACAACAACCAAAAGAUUAAGCCGCCAGCUCCAUGAUGUUGUCAAUCUCAUUCCUUCUUGGCAUAAGCAUAUCGUCGCCCUGAUGUUGAUCAUUCCAUUAUACUAAAUGAUGAGGCCACAUUCGAAGCUUUAAUCGGCAUCGACUGGACAAUGGCUGAUCUUCAGAUGAUCGACGAAAAAGAGCCGGUGCAGGAUGACCCACAAUCUUCAAGGCGGCAGGAAGACAACUGAGCAUAGUGAUGAUGAUCCAGGCGGCUCUCGGGCCGGGUUAUGGGAGUGCAGCUCCAGAAAUACUUAAUUCAAAACUUUUUUGGGCUUCAGCGUAAAGCCUUGUAAUAGGGUAGUGUCAAACAAUGGUCCGCCAUGUCAUGCCUUCGUGCAUAUUGAUCUUGACUUUUGAUCCACUAGUUUAAUCUUUAAGAUAGGCCUGAUGUGAUCAUACAAAGAAUUAAACAACAUAUAUGUUGGCGACUUAAAGUCAAAAGCCAGGGCGGGUGACAACCCAAACAUAUGUAGCCUUAUAUGACUACUAAAAACACUAUAAUCAAGGCUAUUCAAGCCAAAACAUACCAGUGACUUAAGGUCAAAAACCAAGG